AUGGACACUGUAAACUAUGUUGCUACCACAACAGACUGCUGGUCUGCCAGAUAGAAUAGCUACUUAGGAGUGACUUGUCACUGGAUAGAUGACAUCUCUUUAGAAAGGCAUUCUGCUGCACUGGCUUGUAGACCUAUUAAAGGUUCACACACAUCUGAUGUUCUUGCUGCAACAUUAGAAGAAAUCCAUUCAGAGUAUCACAUCAGAGAAAAAGUGACCUGGACGAAAACAGACAGUGGUUCAAACUUCUUGAAGGCCUUUUGAUUAUAUGGUGAGGAGAAAGAGGAAGAAACAACCAAUUGGCAGGAGGACGGUGGGUCUAUACUUGAUAAUGCAGAAGAAGACAGUGCGUUAGAGGUGGAGUAUCAAGAUGUGUUUGCCGUUUUGGAUGACAACACAGGUCUGGGUAACCAGCUUCAAAGGGACCAAACGUGUGCAUAUCCUCUAUUCAAUCCUAUAUCAACAGUUGAUGCCACUGCUGCAGAAGCUACCAAUAAUACAUGCAAGGGACUAUCUCGUUCUGCUUUUGCAAAAUGUCAUGCUCUGUGGAAUAAAACCAGCAGGUCAAUCAUGGCUUAUGAGGAACUUCGACCCAAUCAGACUCGUUGGAUCUCCCUGUUCCUUGCUGUGGAAAGACUUGUGCGCAUUCAUAAAGAGCAAGAAGAGAAAGGAAUCAGCAAUGUUUGCACAGCAUUAAAGAUAAAGAUGUUCAAUCCUGCUGAAAUGGGAUUUGUGGUUGAGUACACUGCUGUGAUGAAGCCUGUUGCCAUGGCCUUUAAUAUCCUCCAAGGCUAAUCAUCUGUGCACAUGGGCUUCUAACUGCCAACAUUUUACCAGGUGCUGGAGAAGCUGGAGUCCUCUUGCAAAAUGUGUAGACCUCUUGUUGAUGCACUGCGGGAUGGGAUCCAGAAACGUUUUGGAGAAAUAAUGAAAGACCCUAAUUGCAGCAGUACUUCUACCAAGAUUGAGAACAUUAUCACUCAGAAAAAUAAAGGUGCCAACUGGAACCAAAAGUGGUUCUUUAGACUGAUGCCAUAG